AUGGCGCCAAAGAUGACGCCAUUUUCGCUGCUCGACAAAAUGGCGACGACGAGAACGCUCGCAUCUUUAACGGAAAUACGCUGCCUGUGCCGAUUGCUCCUGCUCUGCGCUUGCAUUGGCGCCGCAACCACUCGAGACAUUCCAUCUUCAUCAGUCUAUACACGAUACGCCCCCGAUGACGCUGCCUUCUAUUGCCCGGAGGAGGGCAUGUUCCCCGAUGACUAUGACUGUCGCAUCUACUAUCGCUGCGAGCAGCACACGGAGUACUACAUCAAGCCAUAUAUGUUUGCCUGCAAACCGGGGACAGUCUUUUCGCGUGUCCUGCAAUUGUGUAUGCCACCGAUGUUGGCUGGACGCGAGGAGUGCAUUAACGAAGUCGACAGCAGCGAUACCGAGACGGACAGCCAAUUGGCGUAUGAUGGGCUCGUCAAUAAUACGAAUGGACAUAAUGCUUUGCUUAACAGCGUUGUCACACCCGCGGCCCUUGAGCUGCACACCUAUGCGACGGCAAAUCGGUUGCCCACAAAUUAUGGAUUGACAGGUCUGAAUGGUGUUUCAGUCAUAUCCUUCUCGAGCUCAUCAUCUUUGCGCUCGGCAGAUGGUGGUGUGGCGUGCGAGGAUGAUGGAUUUAUGAGUGAUCCUGCUGACUGCACCGUGUUCUAUCGCUGCAUCUCGAAUGGUCAUGGCUAUAAUAAAAUCGGUUUUCGCUGCUCGGAGGGCACCGCCUGGGAUGAGUCACUUCAGUUGUGCAACUAUAUGGUUGAAGUACGUCUUAGUGGAGGCUGUCGCAGUCAGGCCGAUCCGCUGAGUGAUGAACAAACAGCGACACAGUCAUCACAAAUGAGCCAUCAGAAUACCACAUCAUCAUCGGCAUCGUCCAGCAGUCAGCAGAGUUCGUCGACAAGCUCCUCUUCCUCGUCGAGUAGUUCAAGCUCUUCCACCAGCUCAUCAAACCAACACGAGUCCAGCAGUUCCAGCUCAAAUCAGGAGUCCUCCACAGCGAGCAACAGUCAACAAUCUAUGUCAGAGAGCUCAACGAGUAGCAAUCAGCAAUCGAGUUCGAGUUCCUCAAACCAAAGCUCUGGCAACAGUCAGUCAUCAAACAACAAUCAGAAUCAAAACUCCAACAACCAAGGCGCUAGCAGCAAUCAGAAUUCAGGAAGUAAUCAAUCUUCCGGUGCCUCCAAUAACCAAUCAAAUCAGAGUAGCAGUAAGCCAACUUCAGGCGAGUGUGAAGACGAGAACACCUAUAUUCCCGAUCGAAUGGACUGCGCCAAGUUUUACAGAUGUCGUCUUGAUAGCAAUGGAAAUUUAGAGAAGGUUCCAUUUACUUGUGGUCCUGGCACCGUUUGGGGUCAAGAGGAGAAGGUUUGCGUUCUACCCACCGAUGAUCAAAAGAAACAAUGCAAUAUGCAAUCUGGCUCUUCUAAUAUCGGCAAUAAUCAAAGCGGCAACAGCACAUCCAGUGGCAGCAAUGAAAGUUCAUCAGCAAGUGGCAAUCAAUCAAGUAGCUCUAGCUCCGGUUCGAGCAAUAAUAAUAAUAACAGCAAUCAAUCUGGCAAUCAGCAAGAAUCAUCCACAUCAAGUAGCAAUCAAUCUUCCAACAGCCAACAAAGCUCGUCAAGUAACAAUCAAGGCUCAUCUUCAUCAUCCAGCUCGAAUAAUCAGUCGUCCACAUCGUCAAGCUCUUCAAGUUCGCAGACAACAACAUCAAAGCCUCCAAAUCCUGACGGAGAAUGUAAACACUCGGAAACAUAUUUGCCCGACAAAAAGGACUGUGCCCGUUUCUAUCGCUGUGUGGAUAAUGGCAAUGGUGGCUAUAACAAGAUUGCUUUCGAUUGUGCUCCAGGUACAGUUUGGGAUCCCGACUCAAAGGGCUGCAACCAUCCAACGGAUGUUCAGAAGAAGCAGUGCAAGGCUAUGGCCAGUGGCCAAGGAUCAUCAUCUAAUCAAGGAUCAUCGUCCAACCAAGGAUCGUCAUCAAAUCAGAGUUCGUCUUCUAAUCAAGGCUCAUCAUCAAACCAAGGUUCGCACUCUAAUCAAGGAUCAUCGUCGAACCAAGGAUCAUCUUCAAGCCAAGGAUCCUCUUCUAAUCAAGGAUCAUCCUCUAAUCAAGGAUCAUCCUCUAAUCAAGGAUCAUCCUCCAAUCAAGGAUCAUCCUCUAAUCAGGGAUCUUCAUCCAACCAAGGAUCGUCAUCUAAUCAGGGAUCUUCAUCCAACCAAGGAUCGUCAUCUAAUCAGGGAUCUUCAUCCAACCAAGAAUCGUCCUCAAACCAAGGAUCAUCUUCUAGCCAAGGGUCAUCGUCUAACCACGGAUCCUCUUCCAGUCAAGGAUCAUCUUCUAACCAAGGGUCAUCUUCUAAUCAAGGAUCUUCCUCCAAUCAAGGAUCGUCUUCUAACCAAGGAUCAUCUUCUAAUCAAGGAUCUUCCUCCAAUCAAGGGUCAUCUUCCAACCAAGGAUCGUCCUCUAAUCAAGGAUCUUCUUCCAACCAGGGAUCAUCCUCGAAUCAAGGAUCCUCUAAUGCUUCUAGUACUACACAGAAACCGUUCAAGCCAGCAACGAAAUGUGAGAGCGAAGACACCUUCCUAGAUGAUAAGGAAAACUGUUCAAAGUUCUAUCGUUGCGUUAAUAAUGGCAAAGGUGGUUUUAUGAAAGUAUCAUUCACAUGUCCACCAAACACAAUUUGGCAUCCUGAAGCCAACAGCUGCGAUCAUCCAUCACAAGUUGACAUGCAAAGUUUGAAAUGUAAGCGGUUCAGUCCAGGACAACAGUCAAGUAGCAGCAGUAGCAAUACCAGCAAUAACCAACAAUCAUCUUCGAGCAGCUCUUCAAGCUCCGCAUCUGGCAGCAGCUCGAGCUCAUCAACAUCAAGCUCAAGUAACUCUGGUUCGUCAUCGGCAUCAAAACCGUCUGGUAAUUGUGCUGUAAAUGGCCAAUUCCUCGCCGAUGUGAAUGACUGUGCCAAGUUCCAUCGCUGUGUAGACAAUGACAGAGGUGGCUUCAACACGGUAGCCUUCUCUUGCCCACCUAGAACUGUAUGGGAUGCUCAGAUUGAAGCCUGUAAUCAUGCAUGGGCCGUGAAAGACAAAAAUUGUGCCAACAGUGCAACCACUCAAUGGCCAGUAGCAUCGGAAACGACGACAAGACCCACCGGGCAACCUGGGAAACCUCCAUUGCCAACAACACCGAAACCGACUUCGCAGAAGCCGACUACAGUAGCACCAGAAACGACAAAAGCCGACUACAGUAGCACCAGAAACGACAAGUCAAGGCAAGCCAGGAAGACCACCAUUGCCAACAACACAGAAACCGACUUGGGAGAAGCCGACUACAGUAGUACCAGAAACGACAAGUCAAGGCAAACCAGGAAGACCUCCAUUGCCAACAACACCGAAACCGACUUGGGAGAAGCCGACUACAGUAGCACCAGAAACGACAAGUCAAGGCAAACCAGGAAGACCUCCAUUGCCAACAACACCGAAACCGACUUGGGAGAAGCCGACUACAGUAGCACCAGAAACGACAAGUCAAGGCAAGCCAGGAAGACCACCAUUGCCAACAACACAGAAACCGACUUGGGAGAAGCCGACUACAGUAGUACCAGAAACGACAAGUCAAGGCAAACCAGGAAGACCUCCAUUGCCAACAACACAGAAACCGACUUGGGAGAAGCCGACUACAGUAGCACCAGAAACGACAAGUCAAGGCAAGCCAGAAAGACCACCAUUGCCAACAACACAGAAACCGACUUGGGAGAAGCCGACUACAGUAGUACCAGAAACGACAACAAUGGUAAGGUAAAGUGCACGUCUGAGGGUUUCAUUGGAGAUCUGGACAAUUGUGCCAAAUUCUAUCGUUGCAUUGGCAAUGGUAAGGGCGGUUACGAUCAGGUACCCUUCCAUUGUGCUGCCGGAACCGUUUGGGACCAGGAUCUACAAACCUGUAAUCACGAUUUAAAUAUGUGCAAUCCCAUUGUAGAAGAAGGCAAUGGUAAUCCUACCACAGAGUCUGAUAAGGGUCCAUGUGACAGCACUACAGCUAAGCCCAUAACGACAACCACUAUGGAGACAACGAUAACACCAAGCACAAUGGAAACCACAACAACAAAUCGUCCAACAGAGCCGACCACGGACUCAACAACAGAACAGACCAGCACAACCAAUCAACCCACAACUAUUCAACCCACAACCAAUCAGCCCACAACCAAUCAGCCUACAACAACCAUGUUGACAACAACGGACAAACCGACCACAACAGAAUCAACAGGUGAAGCAAAUCCAUCAACUACAACCAUGAUCCCUCCAACUACAACACAGAUACCCAAUUUGCCACCCGGCACCGAAUGUAAGGGCGAAGGUUUUAUGCCUGAUCCCAACAAUUGUCGCAAGUUCUAUCGCUGUCAAAAGACCGGCGAUUCUUACUCAAAACACGAAUUCAUGUGCCCUAAGAAUACCGGUUGGAAUGUAGCCAUACAGACUUGCGAUCACGCCAGUAAUGUUUCAAGUUGCUCGGGUCAGACCGAUCCUCCAAUGGAGGCCACAACCAAUCCAGGCAUAAUCACAACCGAAACUCAUCCAGCAAAGCCAACCACUACAGAGACUCCAACGAUAUCCACAACUGUAACAGUUACAAAACCAACAGAUCCUCCAACGAAACCUACAACUGAAUAUCCUACCACAACCGAAAAUUGGAUGAAACCGACCGAUUCCACAAUAAAACCAACUGAUUAUCCGGGAAAACCCACAGACUAUCCCACCACACCCGAAACAAAACCCACAGACUAUCCAACAACAAAACCCACCACAACCACAGAAAUGUAUACAGAAAGUACAACGCGUUUCACCACAUCAAUGCCCGGCUAUCCACCAACAACUGAGGACAACCAAGGGACGACAACGGAGGACAGCAACCAAGGCACGACAAAAGAACCGGAGACUAACUUUAGGUGUCCUUCUGAAGGUUUCCACGCGGAUCCGCAGGACUGCAGCAUCUACUAUCGCUGCACCAAGCAUAAUGAUAACUAUCAGGCAUACAAAUUCCGUUGCUCCAAUGGCACCGUGUGGGAUUCAUCGCUGGAGACGUGUAAUCAUGCUGAUCAGGUGUCUGGCAACUGCUCCUCUGGCAGCAUUACCACAACAGGAAAACCAUGGACUGAGCAGCCCACAAGCACCAAGGAGCCAAUAGUGACAACAGCCAAGCCAGACACAACAACAAAGACUCCACCCAGUCCCACAGAUCGCCCAGUCGAAUCAACAACCAAACCGAUUGAGACAACUACGGAAAAGCAACCGACGAAACCAUAUCCUGAACCAUCAGCAAACACAAGUGCUCCCUGCCCGACAAUAACUGAGGAGCAAAGCUUGUUUGUUUGCCCGUCGGGCUUCCGUCGUCAUUCCAAAAAUUGCGGCAUGUUCUACCAAUGCAAUGAGAAUUCCAACUCCAAUCUGAAUAUUGUGCUCUUCCAAUGCCCCAAUGGCACCGUUUAUCUAGAGGGAUCGUGUCGCUGCGGUGAACCCGAACCCAACGACAGGUGCAGCAACAAGGGAUCAUCUCGCACCCAAUUGUUUGAUGAAGUCAUUGAUCAUUCACUGAAUAUGGUGAAAAUAAAAUCGGAAUUGCCGCUUUGUCCGGAGGAAGGACACUUCGCCUUGAACCAGGAUGAAUGCAGCCAGGUGUUUGUCAAGUGCGUAUACUCUCAUGAAACGGGACGGAUUGAGGGACAAAUCAACCGUUGCCCACAAGGAUUUGUCUACUGGAAUGUGAGUCGACGCUGCGAACAGGCCAGAAAAUUGACGAGCUGCAUCCCAGCCACAUACAAUGUGGGCGAGAGUGUGCCGCUGGAGUGGGUGAACAUUGGACACAGACGUCGCAGUCUGCGCAUUUAAA